AUGGCCGUCCGUCCAGAGCGCGUUGAGGACUGGUUCCAUCUGGCCCCAGGCCUGCUUUCUCAGGAUGGCUGGGAGACCAGCUUGGCGCGGCCUUUGUCGACCCUCUCGCACUGUGUGAGCCCUUGGGGUGGCCACCUCAUCAAAUUUUCCUACCAGGAUAUCACCAUCGCCGAUGCUCCGGAGAACACGGCAGGUGUGCUGGUCAGGCCGGAAGUGCGAGCAUGGUCACAAAGCGAAAACCGAAGCCCGGGUUCGAGUUUCGAAGUCUUGAACCAGCUGGCCCCGGGAGAUGCUGUUGUGAAGCGCUGGGCCUCUUGGCGGUUGCUCCGGCUUUGCAGCGUCCUUUUCGGGGAUCUUGCUGGCCACUUCAUGAACUAUUUCUUUUACGACCCGGCGAAGCAGACCGAAUUGCAUCAGAGAGUGAGACGAGACUACCCAGAGCGGGGCGACAGUGCUUGCGCAUUCUUCGAUCAGACUGAGCCACUGGAAGGACUCUUGGUGUGUCGUCCUCAAGGGGAUCCAGAGAAGUUUGUGGUGAACUGCGUGCUUCGUGUGCCAGAAGACAAGUUUGCCAACUGGGCGAAGAUCCACUACAUGAUGUUGUUGGAGUCGGGCCGCCGCACAGCGCAGUGGUUCUUGAAUCGUCCAGGGAUUUCGGAGAUGCGAUCCAUGGACGAGCAGUUCUAUGUUGUCCUGGCCAUUCAAAGUUUCAAGAGGGGUAUGCCCCAGCUUCCAGUGCAGAUUCCAAGCCCGGGGGAUGCUGUCACGCGCAUUGAUGCCGGCCAACGCAUGGGACUCACCACUUGGGUUCGCUAUCACCCAGGUAUGACGGGCAGCAGCAAGUUCUACCUGUCGGACUACAUCCAGCUGUUUCUGGAGAACAUUGGUGCGAGUGCUCAGACAUACAACUUACUCGAUGGUCGCCAGCUCGUUCCGUAUCAAUGCGUGGUGGCUCGGGAGGAGUGGAACUCUGUGCGUGCUCACUUCUUUGAAGCCUUCACUCUACAAAAGACGGCCUACCGCCGUGCCAACGGGGGAUCCACCGCACCGGGGGUGCACGAGGGUGUAGAGCCUCGCUUCUUGCCCGAUGCGGAUUUGGCUCUCCUGAGGGAGCGCAUAAAGUUUGCACAGCAGCAACCCAAGAUCGUCGUGCGGAAUACCUUCGUUGAGAUGGAUGAGGCGACCAAAGACGACUUCACACCUGCGGGUGGAUUGCUCCGUACUUGUGGCGUGAAGAAGCCUUACGAAGCCUCCCUGUCCUGGCAAGGUCUUACAGGUGGGAAUCGGGUGGCCGGGGCAAGACCCACAUCUCGUGAGCAGAUCCUGAAAUACCUUGCCCAGACCUUGGCGGCUUGUCCUGCUAGGCCGCAGCUUACCAUGGGUCUGGGUGAAGGGGCUCCGAAGGAGAAGUCAGCGGGACUUGUGAAGGACAAUGAAGAGCUGCAAAGGGCAGCCGAGGAGACGCUGCAAGGCCAGCGGCAGGUGAGUGAUGCGGAAACAACGGAACUUGAAUCUCAGGUUGAUGCAUUGUUGUGCCUGAAGAGGCAACUCUACCAGCGAAUUCAAGCACUGGAGCAGGAGCGGCCCCGUCUCCACAACGAGUGUGCAAGCAAGUCCUUAGACCUGAAGUGGCUCGGCUCGACCGAUGCAGGUGCGCCGGCCACGCAGCUGGGCGUCCAGGUGAUGCCUCCGUUUUUGCCGGCACUGGCCUUCGAUGAGACGAGCGCCUUGGUGGCAGCAGGAAGUGGCGGCCAAGGCCUGCCGAGCAUCAAUGUCUAUCGCUGUCUACAUGGAUCCUGCUUUGCAACAGCUUCAAUGCCGGCAGAAGCUGCCGGGGCAGAAGAUAUUUCAGCGGUGCCAGCGUGCAGCUUUCUGCGGGGCGGUUUCGGCUUCGUUCUGGCAGCUGUGACACAGGCCGGCAAUGUUUUCCUCUUCGAUCUGCGCAAAGCUCGCAGUCAAGGCGACACAAUCGAUGCCUCGCACGAGACGGGGCUGCUUUCUGGGGCGCCUUUUUCCAUGCUGUGUCCUCACAAUUCGGAGGACGGCAUGUUUCUGCUGGGCGCACGGGGGUCACUCAAGAUCCUGCAGGUUCGAGAAACUGGCGGAGACGUACUAAGCUGCGUCGUGCUUGCUGAGAUUGUUUUGGGGGCAGGCGAAGUCCCCGUUUGGCUGAGAGAAGGUGCCACAGCCGACGACCAUGAAGAGGGCACCAGGUCGUGUUCUGGUGAACAGAACGACAGUGAUCCAUUGGUUCUGGCGGCAGCUGCGGCAGGCUGCCGCGUACAAGGCCUUGCCGCUCUGGGACUUCGCGGAACUGCGGCGCUCGCGGUUUCAACAGAGUCUUUGUACGCUCUCCUUGGUCACCAGCACCGCGCAGAGCGUGUUUGCGCCGUACCUGCGCUUGGAGCUGCUGCAGCUUGUGUCGACGCCCAAGGCGGGCUCCUGGCUGUUUGUGCCUUUGCCUUCGAAUCUGGCGGCGAAGUUUUGAGGUUGAACUGGUCGGAAGAACUGCGCCUACGACCCGAGGACCAGGAGCUCGCGGGAAUGGGGGAAAGCUUGUCCGCGAUGCUGCAGGAACCUGCCGAACAGGACGCCGCCUUCGCAGACCCUCCCAUGUGCUCUGUCGUGCCGUUGGGCCCCAUACCUCCAGACUCAGUGCUCGGGCGUGCUCUUGCUCAGGGCGGCAGUACGAGGCGCGCGGGAAGCAUGCCGCAGCGCACCCGUAGCAACCGGUCCGUGAAUGCAAUGAACCAGCCGGUGACCUUCCACAAGAAGGUGAAAUCUGCGGGAUACGGUCCCCCGACGGAGCCUCCGCGGGUGCUCGGGAAGCCACGGCUGAACGCCAGACCUCUUCCGUCGAAGCCCGACUUCGGGCCCCCAAAGCCCGGUCAGAGGCCAAGCCGCCCGCGAUCCAGCUCCGGCCAGGGGCCUGGCCCUUCCGGCAGCCGUGCGCUGGCCCCAGGUGGUCCACCACUGGAACAUUGUCCUGAAAUGGCAAUUUCCGCAUGUGAGGGUUACGCCGUCACUGACAUUUGCUUCUCCCCUCAGGCCUCCCACUUGAUGGUUGUAGGCAGCGACCGAACG